GUUCUUCCUAUCAAAAGCAAGAUGGCCAUGCCUGAAGCAUUUGACGGCCCAAGUGGUGUGAUCUGUGUUGGCAUGAUCGUCGUUGUUUCUCUUAAUUUGGCUCUUGGAUUCUUUGGUUACCUGACGUUCGGAGAGGACACUCAGAGCUGCAUCACCUUCAAUUUACCAGAUCGAGAACUGUAUGCUUAUUUGGAAUGUAUAGCUCUAAUAAUUACCUAUUUUUUUUACUAG